AUGGACCGUGGCUGCUACAACUGCGGCGACUCUUCGCACCAGGCACGCGACUGCCCUAAGAAAGGCACACCCACCUGUUACAACUGCGGAGCCGAAGGCCACGUUAGCCGAGAAUGCACUUCUGCGCCCAAGCCAAAGUCUUGCUACAAGUGUGGGAAUGAAGGACACUUUGCACGCGACUGCCCACAGGCUGGUCCUCCUGGAGGUGCAGGAGGGGCCUGGGGUAGCACCGGCGGGAACACUUACGGCGGCGGGUCGACUCGAGAAUGCUAUCGCUGCGGGGGGCAGGGCCACAUAGCGCGUGACUGUACUUCCGGCGGCGGCGGAGGCCAUGGCGGCGGAUUUGGCGGCGGGUUCAAUCGCGGCGGCGGGGGUCAGACCUGCUAUUCUUGUGGCGGCAUUGGCCAUAUGUCUCGGGUCGUUCUCAAAAAUGCUACAACUGUGGCGAACAAGGUCACCUCUCUCGUGACUGCCCGUCUGAGCCCAGCUCUGAGCGCAUCUGCUACAAAUGCAAGCAACCAGGACACUUGCAGUCCGCUUGCCCCAACUAGUCGACUGGCGCUAGCAUCUUGA